AAAAAUCACGAGCAGAGAGGAUUGCAGCACCGAGGAAGCAGGGUGGGAAUACAGCCAAAGCCAACUAGAGCAGGCACAGCUGAGAGGAAAGAAGAAAAAAUGGAAUAAAUUCUCUCAGGGGCUUGAAAGGUUAAUUCACAUCUCUUCGGUUAAGGCAGGUCCUGGGAGAAACGUCAGCCUAUCAGAUUGUCGUUUUCCAAUUCACAUUUCGAGAUUGCCAGUCCACAUCUCCUCUUUUUCCAGGAAGACCUUGAGAGGUAGGUCACAGCCUGCAAGCACCUUCCAGGCACUGAAGGGCUUCCAGACAGUUGUCAUCUGAGGCUGCAUUGUGGACCUGAUGCCCAGACUUUGGUCUGGUGACGAGUCGAUCGGCCGGUCGGUUCUUUCCGGCUCUCUCCAAUGAGGAUUGUGGUGCUGUGGUGAGGAUGACAUCCCUGGAGAAGACUCAGAUGAUGGACAGGUCCCACCAGAAACCUGAUGAGCUCUGGUGACCGGGUAUUGAGGUCCCCCUGCAACCCUUGGGCUGGGAGGAACAUGUCCUUGUAGUCAUGUCCAGGAAUUCGUACCCAAAAAACGGGAUAUCAGAGGCUCUGAACACUCCAAUCUUCCAGGUGUCCAGAGGGACCGCAUCCAGAAGAAGUAGAUUAAAGCGAUCCGAUGGGAGUACCACCUCCACCAGCUUUAUUCUCAGACAGGGCUCAGCAGAUUCUUACACAAGCAGACCAUCAGAUUCUGAUGUAUCUCUGGAAGAGGACAGAGAAGCAAUACGCCAAGAGAGAGAACAGCAAGCCGCAGUACAACUUGAGAGAGCCAAAACUAAACCGGUGGCAUUUGCGGUAAAGACGAAUGUGAGCUACUGCGGGGCUCUGGACGAAGAUGUCCCUGUACCAGGCACUGCCAUCUCCUUCGAUGCCAAGGACUUUUUACACAUUAAGGAGAAAUACAACAAUGAUUGGUGGAUCGGGCGGUUGGUUAAAGAAGGCUGUGAUGUCGGCUUUAUUCCAAGUCCUCUGAGGUUGGAGAACAUACGAAUUCAGCAAGAACAGAAGAGGGGAAGAUUUCAUGGAGGUAAAUCAAGUGGCACAUCAUCAUCCAGUCUCGGGGAAAUGGUAUCGGGUACGUUUCGAGCAACCCCUCCAUCUGCUGCCAAACAGAAGCAAAAAGUGACUGAGCAUAUACCGCCUUAUGAUGUUGUGCCAUCCAUGAGACCGGUAGUAUUAGUUGGUCCAUCACUAAAAGGAUAUGAGGUGACGGACAUGAUGCAGAAAGCACUUUUUGACUUCCUGAAGCACAGGUUUGAUGGGAGGAUAUCCAUCACAAGGGUGACAGCUGACAUUUCUCUCGCCAAGAGGUCCGUGUUAAAUAAUCCAACCAGGAGGGCUAUAAUUGAACGCUCCAACACCAGAUCCAGUUUAGCUGAAGUGCAGAGCGAAAUAGAAAGAAUAUUUGAGUUGGCUCGUUCAUUACAGCUCGUUAUUCUAGAUGCGGACACCAUUAAUCAUCCGGCACAACUAAUCAAAACUUCAUUAGCACCGAUAAUUGUUCACGUCAAAGUGUCUUCGCCAAAGGUUUUGCAGCGGCUUAUUAAGUCUAGAGGAAAAUCCCAAAGCAAACACCUAAAUGUACAGUUAGUAGCUGCUGACAAACUAGCACAGUGUCCACCAGAAAUGUUCGACGUGAUCUUGGAUGAGAAUCAGCUAGAAGAUGCCUGUGAGCAUUUAGCAGAGUAUUUAGAAGCAUACUGGCGAGCUACCCAUACCACGAGCAGUACUCCCAUGACACCCCUUCUGGGAAGAAAUCUAGGAUCGACUGCACUUACAUCAAUACAGAGUCAGCGCAUGAGAAACACGAACCAUUCAACUGAAAAUUCCCCAAUCGAAAGACGAAGUUUAAUGACUUCGGACGAAAACUACCACAGCGAAAGAGCUCGGAAAAGCAGAAACCGCUUGUCUUCCAGUUCCCAGCAUAGUCGCGACCAUUACCCACUUGUGGAAGAAGAAUACUCUGACUCCUACCAGGACACUUAUAAACCUCACCGGAACCGCGGCUCUCCUGGAGGAUAUAGCCAUGAUUCCAGGCACAGGCUUUGAGAUUUUUCUUCCCUUUUUAUUUCUUUACAAAAUUUUUCUUCUUUUUUUAUUUUUAUUUGGAACUUGACAAAAUGUAGUUGGUCGCUGACCAAUUUGCUACCUAGCAAUCAAACAAUUGCAUUGUUUGCUGAGGUUUAGCAGGCCUGACGGGCAACAAAAAGGUCAUGUGACUUGCAGAAACAUGAAGUAGCUAGAAAUUACAGACCACUUUAUUUUGCCAGCUGUAGGAGUGUCACUUGAUGCUGUAUCACAGGCAAAAUACCAUAUUCAUAGAAGUAUAUACGUGUAGGUAGAGAUUUAUUGUGCCCUAUCCACAGGUCUUUUACUUUGACAUUACUAUUAGAGCAGUAUGUGUUUACAUGGUGUAUUGCACACAUCCAUUUGUAACCUAGGGCAACAGUUCUCUGCCUUAAUUCUCAAAGCUCAGGGCAGUUAGAUGCUUGUUGGGUCUCCUCACAUGAGCAGACAAAGUCGGCCUUGUAGUACAAGAAAGUCCCUCAGAGUGACCAAAUCACAAAUAUAGGACCUACGGACAACUUUAAAAACGUAGCGGACUGUCCUAACCGUUUACCAUGUGGUGGCCACUUUCCAGGUUUGCCCUUAUUACUAGGUCACUUUGUGUAAAUUCAGUUGUGUACCUUAAAAGCCACAUUUAACAAGUUCCCUCUCGGCCUAGAAGAAGGCAUGCCCUCGUGACUAGAAACAGGGCCUACUAAUAGUAUAAAUUGCAUUAUGUGCCCAGUAGGGCAAUUUUACUGUGCCACCUAAGUAACUACAGAGUAGUUCAUACCAUUCUGUAGAAUUCAAAUAAUACAUAUAGUGUAUAAAAGGCGGCUAUUUGUAGCGAAACCUUAGUUUUCUAUUGUUCUCCCUGUAGACCCACUUAACAAUAGAUAUGAAAAUCGAUGACGUAAGGGGCAAUUUAUCAUUAGCUCCUUAGGGGCCUGUGUUGGCAGUCUUUUUGUUCACUUCAAGUCAGUUUUUCAUUUUAAUACAAGUCUAUGUGAAUGCAGAAACAGGUCAGAAGGAGGUUAACUGCAGAUCCAGUGCACCUGUCAAUGAAUUCUAAAUAAUCUCCGAAACUAGUGUCAAACUGAUGUCAUUGAUACAAGCCCAAAGCCUGUUAACCUAGGCCCUAAAUCUUACUAUACUUGGUUGCAGUCUCAGUUGCCAUAGGAUAAAUACAGGCCUGAAAAUGGCAAAGCCUUAUUUAAUUUAAGCACUUCAGCCCUGGAAGAAUUGACUGCUGAAUGACCAGGCAUUUUUUUUCGGUUUGGCAUUGCUUCGCUUUA